AUGUCCAUAGACAGGAGCUACUACCGGACAACUGUGCUAGAUCCAGAGAGCUCUCUGCCAUUGUAUGUACUAGAUACCACGUUUUUCCCCCAAAAUGACGACCCGUGUUUCUUGGACGCCGUUCUUAAUAUCUACCCAGAAACACCACAUACGCUGAUUAUCUUUACAAAUGGUGUCAAACAGAUCGAUCUCUUGAGGUUCAUCAAAUCCCCCUAUCUGCGCAAAAUAUACCUUGUUCAUGGGAAUUGGCUAAUCAAAGGCAUUGCGGACGUGCUUACGAAGUUGACCAUAAACCCUUCAUCACCUAAACCUACAAUCGUUAAUUGCGAAAACAUAUCUUCCCUGGCCAAAUUUGUCGAUAUAACAAAGCUACCGAUAUCUUUGCAUACGUAUCUUAUUGAUAAAAUCCAAUAUAAGAAUCAAAGGAUCAUUAUAAACCGCCAUUUCGACCCCUUGUAUGGACAGCCGUUAUCCAUGUACACCUCCAACAAACUACCCCUCACUCAAUUCCAGAGAAUAUACAAUAAUCUUGUGGCAUAUUUGUCAAACCCUUCUUUAGAUAUACAAUUGACGGCCUCUGAUUGGACAACAAUCAUUCAAUGCUCUGCUCUAGAUAAUCAAACGAAAAUAUCAAUUGACAUUUUAAGUGAAUGUCUGAAAAGAGAUCAAAAAGUUAUAUUGAGUGAAUACUCCUUCUUGGAACAUUAUAUGAUUAUAAUCAAAUUCAUUUUGAAAUUGUCCAAUUCUAAUAACCCAUUGAUACCUGCACAGCUACUUAUUGAUACUAAUGUCAAUUUCAAAAAGUGCAAAUCAGUCAAUAAGUUCUUUAAUGAUAUAUUGACUCAUACACACCAGCUGCUGGAUAAAUCUCAGUUUCAACAUAUGGAAUGUUAUGACAAUUCUUACAUUCUCGUCAAGAUAUUUAAAUUGUUCAAAUUCCUGCUGAAUAAAUUACAAAGGGAAACCUUGAUAUUGGAACCAAAUGCGAAAAAUGUAUCCAAAUCAAAGGACAGACAAUCCUUAAGGUUGAUUCUAUCAUUUACCAAGAUUCUAUAUACCGAUAACGAGGAAGAUUUGACGUCUCAAGAUGACGAUGAUAUUGGGUUUGAUAACUUAUUCAAGUUGAUACGUUAUGUUAUGGAAGAAUUUGACAACUUGUCAAUCUUAGGAACACAGUAUAGGUUGGACGAUUUCAACAACCACAUAAGUAUGGAAGAUUUCUUGGCUUUUGAAAUAUUCAAGGACAAACAACUGGGACGAGAAAAUGAAUCUAAUUUGAUUCAUCCACCUACCAUUAAGGAGCCAGGUUCCCCUGUAAAACUAUCGAAAACAGUGAAGGAUAUAUCGGCGCCACCAACGCCAACCCCCUUCCCGGAAGCAACACCCCCAAUGCCUAGAAAUACAAAAUUAUCCGAUUCAAUGGAGUCUGAGAUUGACAAAGUCGCCGCUAGUGUGGAAAGCUUGGGAUUGAACGAUAUCGAUCUAUACAAAACACCAAAGAAAUCAACAAACGGCGAUGUAAUGAAUGAUCUGCUGACCCCCUUACCAGCAACUCAAACACUGGCUUCUCCAAUGCAUGGCACAAGUGUUGUUAAGAAUACCAAUUUACGGAAAUACACAGAGAAAGAUCUAGCUGUCCAACUCCAAGCAGAAGCUGCCCGGAAGGCUGAAUUAUUGAAGAGGGAACAGGCAAUUGAGGUAGAACGUGGCGUGCGUCGUGGUGAACGGAAAGUCAGUCGUUUGGCACGUCUAUAUGAGGAAAAAUAUAUGCAAUGA